CGGCGUGGUGGACAUCGGCGAGCUGCAGCAGGGGCUCAAAAACCUGGGCAUCCCGCUGGGCCAGGACGCCGAGGAGAAAAUUUUUACAACUGGAGACGUCAACAAAGAUGGGAAGCUGGAUUUUGAAGAGUUUAUGAAGUACCUUAAAGACCAUGAGAAAAAAAUGAAAUUGGCAUUUAAGAGUCUGGACAAAAACAAUGACGGAAAGAUUGACGCUUCAGAAAUUGUCCAGUCUCUCCAGAUACUGGGUCUAACUAUUUCUGAAAAACAAGCAGAGUUGAUUCUCCAAAGCAUUGAUGCUGAUGGGACAAUGACAGUGGACUGGAAUGAAUGGAGGGACUACUUCUUAUUUAAUCCUGUUACAGAUAUUGAGGAAAUUAUCAGAUUCUGGAAACAUUCUACCGGAAUUGACAUAGGGGAUAGUUUAACUAUCCCAGAUGAAUUUACGGAAGAUGAGAAAAAGUCUGGACAGUGGUGGAGGCAGCUUUUGGCGGGUGGUAUUGCUGGCGCUGUCUCACGGACAAGCACUGCUCCUUUGGACCGCCUGAAAGUCAUGAUGCAGGUUCAUGGCUCAAAAUCAAUGAACAUAUUUGGUGGCUUUCGGCAGAUGGUAAAAGAAGGAGGUAUCCGUUCCCUUUGGAGAGGAAAUGGCACAAAUGUCAUUAAAAUUGCUCCUGAGACAGCUGUUAAGUUCUGGGCAUAUGAACAGUACAAGAAGUUGCUUACUGAGGAAGGACAAAAGAUAGGAACCUUUGAGAGAUUUAUUUCCGGUUCCAUGGCUGGAGCAACUGCACAGACUUUUAUUUAUCCCAUGGAGGUUUUGAAAACCAGGCUUGCUGUAGGCAAAACUGGCCAAUAUUCUGGAAUGUAUGAUUGUGCCAAGAAGAUUUUGAAAUAUGAAGGCUUAGGAGCUUUUUACAAAGGUUAUGUUCCCAAUUUAUUAGGCAUCAUACCUUAUGCGGGCAUAGAUCUUGCUGUGUAUGAGCUCUUGAAGUCCCAUUGGCUGGAUAAUUUUGCAAAGGACUCUGCCAACCCCGGCGUCAUGGUGUUGCUAGGAUGUGGUGCCUUGUCCAGCACCUGCGGCCAGCUGGCCAGCUACCCCUUGGCUUUGGUGAGGACUCGCAUGCAAGCUCAAGCCAUGGUAGAAGGAGCCCCACAGCUCAAUAUGGUUGGCCUCUUCCGACGAAUAAUUUCCAAAGAAGGAAUACCAGGGCUUUACAGAGGCAUCACCCCCAACUUCAUGAAGGUGCUCCCUGCUGUAGGCAUCAGUUACGUGGUGUAUGAAAAUAUGAAGCAAACUUUAGGAGUGAUUCAGAAAUGAUGCUGAAGUUUUUGCUUCAGAAUGACUAUUGAAAUUUUCAACAAUCUUGAAUGACUCCUAGAAUUGUGACAUGUUUAUGGCAAAAGAAACUCUCUACUUUUUUCCCCUACAAAAUGGAAGAGCAUAUCAUCAAUCACUUCAAAUAUCUGGGCUCAAUUUUAUGUAUAAAAAAAUCAUGAUUGAAAUAGAUUUUGAAAAAGCUACACAGUUGUACUUUAUCUUUUCUGAUUUGUCCUUCUGCAGAUUUGUGCCCUGAAUCCUCACCAGAAAUGUGUUUCCUUGAACUAAAUUUGCUUUGUGUAGUAUAAAAAAUAAAUAAAGGAAUUGUUGUCUUUAAAAAUGGUCAGAAGACAUUGAGACUUGUUUUAUAUACUUUGAGUGCCUUUGUAGACUUAAAAAUUAUACUUACAGAGCCACUAAUAGAAAAUCACUGUAUAUAAAAUAUAUUUUACAGUAGCUAAAUAAGUGUAGGGUUUAUAUCCUUAGGUUUCUUCAAGUGGAUUAGGAAUAAACAAGUGUCAGAAUUUAUAAUGAAGGUCAAUAAAAUAAUUUAUUUCAGUGAGCACUUUUCUAUCUUGCUUGCAUUGUUAUUUGGUUCCUAAGAUUAUAUACUGAUUGUCAUAUUUACUGUUAAAUUAUCAACAUGGGGUAGCUUAUUUGAGAGAGUCUCUUUAUUCUAUUUUUGCUUUGAAAAGCAGUAGGGAAUAAAACCCCUUUACUUGCAUCAGUUUCUGAAGAGCAUCCCUCUGUUUGCCCUUUGUUUCCUACUAUUUGAAUCAGAUUCUGUUUUAAUCAGGAAGGCUUCUUGGAACCAUUCUUAGUAAGCUUUUUAAUGACCCAAAGUGGAUUGAGUAUGAGUAAAUGUUACAUGCUCAUUUUUACUGCUGCUGAAGUUUUUUGAAUCUGCUACUUUCAAUCGGGUAGCACAAAGCUAAGAGAACAGUGCAUAUGGAUAGUCGUGCGUGCUAAUCCUAUACGUUAGACACUGACAGGUAAAUGAAAGCCCUCAUUUGUAAACAUAUCCAUCCAUAUUUUAACUUGUCUCAAAUUUUGGGAACAUGUUAGAAAAUUAUAACAUUUAAAAAUUUUUACUAAAACCAUUUUUGUAGUCCACCAUCUUGCCUAAUUUGUGAUUGAACUUAGAAAAUAGUUAUUAAUCGAGAGUAUUCUUAACACUUCUUAAUCUCAUUUGGCUUCUAAUACUAUCUGGUGUAAACUGUAACAUUUUUGUGAAAAUCCAGUGACAUAAUAGACAUUUAUUUUAUUUGAACCUACCUCUUCUGUUUUGGGAACCAAAAAGAAAAAACGGACUUGUGUUUGCAAAACAUAUUCUAAAAUAUAGUUUCAUUUAUAUUACUUAUGCCUCAUGAAAGUCUCAGUAUUUUUAUGCUACAUAUGAUAAUCACAGGACUGUAUCUUCAGGGUUAUUUGCACUUUUGAGUAAUACAGAAAACACUGUUUUUUACUAAAAAACAUAAAAGAAUGAACUACUACCAUUUAUGAAAUUCCUACUGGUGAAAUAUAUGAAAACAUGCAUAGUUCAUUAUGAAUUUAAGUUAUUGCUUGUUGAACAUUUGUAAGGUAUGAAUGUGAUUUGUUUGUGUUUCUUGUAUCUUUUUAAAAAAAUGAUCUUGUGUCUUUUAGAAAAAUGCCCUGAGUAGAAGAUUGCUUGUUUCAGGCAU